AUGCCGCCGAUGCAUCCAACGUUCGAGGAUGACGACGUUUCCAUUAUUCACUUCUUUGCUGAUGGCGUGCUGGACCAUUGGCGCCUCAGGUUUGGCCUGCACCUUGAAGAGCUCCUCGUGGAUGAUGAUGAUGAUGAUGAUGAUGAUGAUGAUGAUGAUGAUGAUGAUGAUGAUGAUGAUGAUGAUGAUGAUGAUGAUGAUGAUGAUGAUGAUGAUGAUGAUGAUGAUGAUGAUGAUGCCCGGUCAGAAGUGUCUUCCGCGGACAGCGACACGCCACCAUUGCUCACCACCAGAGAGUUGCUUGAGUUUUACCAUGGCACCGUGAGCGAACAAGGCGAGCACGAUCGCGUCCACGAUUAUGGCCACAGUACUGAGGAAGACAAUGUCUCCCUCGUGCAUCUCGUGAGCUUUGACGCGCCGGGUGCUGUUGAAGGCCAUGCUGAACGCAGAGCACGUGCAGCAACAGACCACCGUACCAGCUUCAAGUGGUUCACCCACGGCAUGGACAUGCACUCACAUCAGCGCAAGAUUCAAACCACCAUUGAAGCCACUGUAUUCAACGGCGAGGACGACGACACAGAGGCCACCAAUGACGCUUGCGGCAUCGGGUGA